GGUGCUCAUCAAAUUUGUGAAGAGGCACUGGCCUGGGAAAACAUCGGAGUUGGAUGAGUUUCUCAAACCUAUGUGUGAAGAGGCAUAUGAUGUUGAUGCUGCAAAGGCCUCCGUUCUGCGACCAUGUCAUACAAUUAUAUGACUGGUUUAUCAUGGAGGAACAGAAUGUCUUGAUAAUGGAAAAUCCGCAUCCCUGUGUGACCUUGUGUAAGUUCAUCAAAAAAAACAGAGGUCACCUGAGUGAAGAAAAGGCAAGACUCAUCAUGUGGCAGCUCACCGUUGCUCUGCGUCACUGCUGGGAUCGUGGUAUUUUUCAUGAAACAGAUCUGAGUAAUAUUCUCAUCAACACGGACACCCAGCAGUUAAAGAUAAUGGACUUUAGAUACGCAGAGCACAUCAUAAAAAAACGAAGUGAAGAAGCUUAUUUAGAGGCAAGGCUCAGAGUGCCUGCUAAAUUGCAAGCAGCUGAAAACUUAUACUGUGUGCUGGAUGCGCUCAUCAAAACAAUAAGACAUCUGUGUUGGAAAAAAGCACACCUGUCCAGAGAAUGCACAGAUCUUCUUCGGAAACUUGGGCAUGGAGGGCCAUCAGCGAUUGACACCUUAGAGAACAUCUUACAUCAUGGUUUAGAGACCUCUCCACAGUGAAUGAAGGAGAAGGAAACUGAUCAAUGUUCUUUUGAUCGAUUCUGGCCUUUGAAAUCAGAAAGAGCUCUUUUCAAUUCAAAACCGAAGCUUAUUUUCAUGCUCUCAUUGUUUGACUGGUAGACAGACAUUCUCUUCCUCUCUUCCAGCCCUGCAGCUGAGCCUCGGGUUAGAUGUUAGUACCCCAGCACUUCUCCGCUCUCUUCAUCCAGAGCCAGAAGCUGCUCUGUUCAGCCUCUUCAGCAGCUCUGGGCUUAGAGUGGCUCCUUUAUUCCAGUGAUCCACAAAUUCAUGUGAAGAGAUUCACAAACACAGCUCUGCCAGGCAUUCAUUUGCCAAUCGUUUAUUGUGCAUUUGUGCAUCGCAGCGUCCAUCUGUGUAUUUUGAAACAUUUCU